AUGAGGCGCUUCUCCACGGCCGUCACCAUCACGGACCCGCUGGUCAAGUACCAGAGCCUGCUGUCCGCCGGCGUUUACGCCCCCGAUCCGGCGCAGCACCGCCUGGCCCGCCACCUACACAAGGUCUACCUCCGGAUCAAGGACUACUCACCGCAGCGCGAGUACCAGCAGCGCCUGUCGCAGGCCGCGCGUCUGACCGAGACGCAGAAGCCGAGCGAGGGGUCGGAAAACAUCCUCGCCGUGCCCAGUCACGCCAUCUGGCGCAACCCGCUCUUUAAACACCUCCUCCCGAACAGUGCCGAGACGCGGGACAGCCUCGCCCUCACACGCGUGCUGCAAAACCAUGAGCUGGCCAUUGCGAUUGAUUCGCCAAAGGGCCUCUUUCUCUCCGGUGAAGUGGGCACCGGCAAAUCCAUGCUGCUGGAUCUGCUGGCAGACGGACUUCCCCACGAGCGCAAGAAGCGUUGGCACUUUAACACAUUUAUGCUCUACACGUUUGCGCAGCUCGAAACGUACCGCGCAACAAAUCAAGCAAGUCUCAUUCGACGUCGCAAUGAAGAGCAUUCGCUACUGUGGAUGGCCAAGAAGCUGGUCGACGAGUCGCCCAUUCUCUUCUUGGACGAGUUUCAGCUUCCCGAUCGCGCGGCCAGCAAGAUUCUCAGCCAUUUAUUCAUUGCGUUUUUUCAGCUUGGAGGUGUUUUGAUUGCUUCAUCAAACAGAGUGCCAGAGGACCUGGAAAAGGCCACGGGUGUCGAUUACACAAACGCACCACGCCUGGGCAUCAUGCGCAAAUUCUUUGGCGGCGGUCGUGCGGAAAGCGAGCUGUACGGCCGAGGCAGCGACUUUUCGAAACUGUUGGAGGUUCUCAAGGCUCGGUGUGAUUUUUGGCAAAUGGAAGGCGUUCAAGACUGGCGGCGACGAGAGGAUACUGGGCUCAAGCUCGACGAUGCAACAACCUCUGGCGAGGCAGCCUCCGCGCCCACAUCAACAGACGUCGAUGCCCCGAAAUCAGCCGACAGGCCGCCAAACUACUUUAUCACUGGCCGUGAAGAUGAAAAUUGGCCAGACUAUGUCAAGGAAAAAGCCUUUGGCAAUAGCCCUGGCGAAAAUUGGACGUCGAAAACCAUCAUUGUAUAUGGUCGCACGGUAGUCAUCCCGCAGCACCAUGAUGGCACAGUGCUUUGGGAAUUCGAGCAGCUAGUCGGCACAUUCGGACCAGCAGACUACAUCACAAUGGCCUCGUCGUUUCACACAUUCAUUAUUGACAACAUCCCCGCCAUGUCCGUUUUGCAAAAGAAUGAAGCGCGCCGCUUCAUCACCUUUCUCGACGCCCUCUACGAAGCCCGCUGCAAGCUCGUCGUCCGCGCCGAGCGGGCCCCGGACCACCUCUUCUUUCCCGAGACCAAGAAUCAUCCCGCCUCCACAGCCGGCAUCUCCCCCGACAGCAACGAAGACGUCCAAGAGGGCGACGCCACCUACUCGGAAACCAUUGCCGAGGUGUACCAAGACCAGAUGGCGCCGUUUCGCCCCAACGUCUCCUACUACGACACAAAGACUGCCACGUCGCAGUACGACCCGGACCAGGACUCGGAUUUCAUCUUGGAGCAGCAGCAGCAGCAGCAGCAGCAUAAAAGGGUGGAUUUCGGCAAGACUGGUGCCUUUACGGGUGAGGACGAGCGCUUCGCGUACAAGCGCGCGGCGUCGCGCCUGUGGGAGCUCUGCAGCGCGCGCUGGCACGCCCGCACGGGGCCCUGGUGGCAGCCGCUGCCGGCCGAGGCGCGGCACUGGGAGGGCGGCGAGGCGUCGAGGCCGCUGAGCGGCAGGCCCUUGCGCGAGGGAGAGGAUACGGGGGGGCGCAUGGGGGCGAGCGUCGACGUGGACGAGGUGGCGGGGCUGGCGCGGUACAGGAUAGAGCACAUUAGAACGGGCGGCGACCCGGAGCACAAUUAG